CUUUUAGCCCCACACGUGGCUCGUACUUCGUAUUUGCCGCGCAUCCAGUCGCCUCGUUCCUCGUUCUCUCAUCACCUUCACUUACCUUAGUGACACUGGUCUCACCCUCCCAUAAGUCCCCCCCCAUCACGUCUCUUCUCUCGUUCCUCGCGCUUCGUCUGUCGCCCUAUCUAACCGACCACGCUGCCCGUUCAUGGGCACAUCUGCAACAUCGCCCGGCGUCUUGGCGCCGCCAGUCGACUCGGAGGGUGGACCAGCCCCUGCCAAAGCUGGCCGUCGAAAGCCGCACAGGAAAUCUCGAACUGGGUGUUCUGAGUGUAGACGUCGGCGGAUCAAGUGCGGCGAGCAGAGACCCAAAUGCUAUGCCUGCAGCCGACAUGACGUUCCUUGCGUCUAUCCAGCAACUUCUCAGGCCACCCGCGUGGGGAACGAGGGAUCCGUCACUGAUCCUCAUGCAGGGUCUCCAGUUUCUGCAUCCCAAGAGGCACCCGUGCCGCCGACAGGAGACAGUCGGCGAGACACGAGCACGCCGGGCUCGGCUCCCAUUCCCAGCCCCUAUGACUCCCGAACAGACUUGAAAGGCGCAGCAUGCACCUUUGACAUGGAUGACAUGCUACUCCUGCACCACUGGUCGGUGAGCACAAGCCGGACCAUUUAUAACUCAGAUCAGAGGGACGACUGCUGGCAGGUUGUGUUUCCACGUAUUGGGUUUCAUGAGCCCUUCGUCAUGCACGGGAUUCUGAGUCUGUCAGCCUUACACCUUGCCCAUGUGAACCCUCGCUGUCGAAAACGGCGGACCAUGGACGCCGCUCGUCAUCACAACAUCUCAUUGCAGGGUUUCCAGCGUGCGAUUCACAACAUCAGCCUCGAUGAAAUCAGUCCAGCUCCCGUUACGCCGAGCGACGAAGCCAGCGACGCCUUGCUUGCCUGCGCAUCACUCAACGUCAUUUACACGCUGGCUACGCUCCGUCCCGUCCCUGACGAGGACCUCAACCCGCGUGCCCGUCAUUCGCGAGCUCUAGGCACGGACCUGAUACCUAUUGUCCGUGGGGUAAACACUAUCGUGGGACAAGUCUACGAGCGCGUGCGGCUGGGUCCCUUGGGGCACUUACUUGACGUUGGCGUCUGGAACAAGCUCGAGCCCGACGCGCAAACAGACGAUUGGCCUUUCCAGCGGCUACGCGAAAUGUGGACGCCCGCACAGGCACACGCAGCGGAAGAUUCCGUCUACGAUGAGACACUACAUGUCCUGAGGCGCUGCCGCAUGUUUCUGGAGCAUCUCGCGACAAUGGACAAGGCUUCUCUGCAUUGUCAGGGAUACAACCGUGGCUGGGCAAGUCCGCUCUUUUUCUUCAUCUUUCCACCCGAGGAGUACUUUGUACGUCUACACCAGAGGCAACCGCCUGCGCUUGUCCUGUUUGCCUAUUUCGGUACCCUGCUACAUCAUCUUGACCAGCACUGGUUUAUCCAGGGAUGGGGACGCGACGUUGUCUCCGUCACUACCGAGCUCCUGGGGGACUUUUGGGAGCCGUGGUUGGCGUGGCCCAGGCGCGUCGUCAAUCUCGAACAUGCUGGAGUCUAGACUGUCUGAUCAGCAGCACUGUAGAAGGCACAGAGCUACAGGGUAGGCUGGCUUACUGGUUGAUCCUAUGUUAUAGGGUAGGCCUGGCAUGUGGCCUAGCCAAAUGCGGCGUGGUGUGGCAUGACGGUGUGGCUGGCCGUCGGUGCCAUCAAGCAUUCAAGCUCCCCCUUUGCUUCAGCUUGUCGUCGUUCAAGUCACUCAUGAAACUCGCUUCAAGACCAGACCA